CCCUAUCUAUUGCUUCUCAUAUCGACUGCUUAUCGAUCUCCAUGACAUCAGGGGCCGCCGUCACCACCACCACCACCACCACCGAGGCCCCUGCUCGCUCUGGCAAGCCAACUGACACCCCAGUGCGCUCCCGUUCCUUGGGAGGAUGCGAGACCUGUCGUCGGCGCCAUGCAAAGUGUGAUGAGACUAGGCCAUCCUGCCUCGUGUGUGAGCGUGCGGGGCUCGUCUGUGAGAGGUACGAGAUUCGGCUGUUGUUCGAUGCGAGCGACAACCAGAGCUCACGAUGUCGCCGUCCCCUCUUCACUGAGGACAUGCGUCAGCGUAUGAGUGAGCAGUUGACCGACAGCUUGGACUUGGAUGAUGUCCACACCAUUCUGACCAAGAUUGAUGGUCAAUGCGAGAGCCAGGAGGAGGAGACCAGUACCAAUUUCACUACCCGCAUGGGUCCCUUUGGUGCCUUUCGGGUAGUUCAGGUCGAGAUGGACCUUCCCGAAGCCCCCAUGGACCCAGUUGACGAGCCCCUCCCCGGGGUGGAAGACAGUCCUGUCAAUGUUGGGCUGGAAAUGUCCUUGGACGAUGCCUUUAGCAAUGAUCCCCUCAUGGAGUGUCUGUUUGGCCAUGUGAAUGUAGACGUUUCUGCCGACUUGGAUGCUCAAGAUUUCUUCGCCGCAACCCUACCUUCUGCGGAAAAUGAUGGGAUUUCCCCGCAAUCCCUCUCAGGAGGCUUCCUUAUGGGACCAUCACCAUCAGUUCCUCUGCAAGCAUCGCUAUUGUCGUCGCCGGAGAUCCGAUAUGCUCCAUCUGUGACCAACCUGGCCCCUCCAGAUGCCCCAUUAUUGCUGUCUGCAUACACAAAGAAUGUAACUCAGCUGUUCACCCCAAUCCAGCUAGAAAAGAGCCCCUGGAGUAUGCUUUACAUGCCUCCCGCUAUGGAGACUCUGGCGUUGUUGACCAUGGGUGAACUGGCCAACAACACCCGGAUGUCCAUUUUCUACGCAAUUCUCGCCACUGCGGCCUUCACCCAGCGUCUAUCAUCCUCGACGCGCAGCGCAAGCGAAUAUUGGCAGAGACAAGCAGAGACCUUUGCUAUCGAAGCUCAAAAUUACCUCAAGCGAGCAUUACACGAUGCGUCAUCCAGCGUCAAAAAAGUCAAGUACAAAGAUGUACUCGUCGCCUUGCUGUGCAUGGGCACGGUUUCGGCCUACCAAGGGAGCACAGAGCGGGUACGCCGAUGUCUGUUAGACUGCGAAAACUGGGUUCGUUUUCGUGGCUUGCCUAAAACACGGAAAUCACGCAAGGUCCGCUUGUUGCACCAUUGCUAUGUCUAUCUACGUAUCUUCCAGGAGAGCACCUCCGUUCUCCCUGUGUCCAACGUAGAGAUAGAGUCCGACUAUGCAUCCCCCGAUACAGUGCGCUCCAUUGCUUCCACUCGCUCGUUCCGCCUUCGGCAAUGGGAAGGUCGAUUGGACCAGCGGAUGAGCGAGUUGAAGGAGCAGCACCAGGGAGAAAAUGAUUUGCACUUGGAAAUCCCGGGCCAGUGGGACUCGACCAUGUACCCACAUGUCUUUGGCCUUCCAGAGUCUCUACUAUUUCUAAUAUCACAAGUAACACGACUAGGAAAUGAGCGAGACCUCUCAGACUUGGGAAGCUAUACGGGGGCGUUGGACUUUAAGCAGUUCUCCGCGCGGGCGCGGAGCCUAGAACGAUGCAUUUCCACUUGGCGACCACCGUCAGUGUCAGAUGCGGAUCCAGACAGUAUCAUCGCCCAGACAAAUGCCACGAUUGUUCGCCUGAUGAUCUCUGCAAUUCAUAAAGCCCUCAUUAUCUUCUUUUAUCGGCGAAUCUACGAUGUGGAUCCGAUGAUACUCCAAGACAAAGCGUGGCAAGUGCGAGACGCCCUAGCUCAGGUAGCAAGAGACGAUAUGCCGGCGACUCGUGUAGCUGCUCCUUUUAUUUGGGUGGCGUUUAUUGCCGCCUGUGAGGCUUUGGAUCCUAUACUGCAAGACUGGUUUGCGGGCUGGUUCGAGACAUCAGCCAGAAAAAGUGGGCUUGGGACUUUUAAGCUGGCGUUAAGGAUAGCAAGGCAGGUUUGGGAGAGACAACGACAGCACCUGAACAGUAACGCGAGCGCCAGUUGGCCGCAGAUUAUGCGGGAAAGCAACUUGAGUUUGUUCUACAUAUAA